AUGCAGUCCAAAACGAACGCCGUGCCUUCUAAAAACGAAGAGAGAACUCCCGACGAAAAGUUGAGCAGUCUGUUCAAAUGGACUCGGAAGAGUGAAUACGACAUUUUAUACGACUCAGACGAGAUGCCGUACGACAGAACGCACUUCCAGAGAGUCAUUUAUGGAAGACAAAAUGUGAUGGGGAUUAUCAUCACGGACAAAGGAGAAGUUUUUGGCAGUUUCCACCCGAAGACUUUACCCCAAGAAGAACAAGAAAGUGAUUGGGUCAAUGAUAACAACUACUUUGUAUUCAAAAUCAACGACGAGAUGUGUAAAUUCAAAAAGAGUGAGAAGAUGAACACGGAGUGGAGCCUUUAUCUUUGUAACGAGAACGACUAUUCAGCAAACAACUUCUAUUGUGUACUUUCUGCUUUUGGUCUGAGCUGUCCGCUCAACGAUGAAAGGAGUGGAAUGAUCAGGAGAGGAUUUUCUGGGUGUUACACGUAUGAUGACAUGCUAGUCCGUGGCGAUUAUGAUAACUUCCAUAACAUCUUUUUCAAGCCUUCUCGGCUCAUUCUAAUCCAGUGGUACUGA